AUGCACCCCAAUGCGCCCGCCAUUCGCUCCGUCCUCGGGCGGAGCGUGGCAGAGGUCAAUCGCUCCAGGCAGAGCUUACGACUCUGCCACCGGACAUUCUCAACGACACACAUCCGACCAGCUGAAGAGCAGCCCAAGGACGAGCAGCAAAAAUCACAAGAGUCCGGCAAACCCAGACCCAAGUCCAAGGGACCACCCUCCACGAGACAUCAACGAUCCGCCGCCGCGGCCUCUGAGCUUGGCGCCCUGAGCAAGUCCUCACCGGCGUCGCAAGGGUCUUCCGGAGCCCCGUCCUUCAAAAAGUCGGGCUUUGACAGCAGCAAUAACAAGAUCAUCAGCUUCCGCAGCCUCCCGCGAAAGCCUGAGGAUGGCAAUAACGGCCCGAGAUUCCUCGCCAGGCGAGCCCCGACAGGAGAUGGAGGCGAGAACAAAGCUGGCGAUGGGGGACAAAAGUUCACGCCGCGCACGUACUUCGGAAAUGCUGGUACAGGCAACGGUCCCCGGGGACGACCUGGCGCCCGGCCUCGACUGCCAGGCCGCGCUGGGGCAGGACGGCCGGGAGGGAAGGGGAAAGCGAAGCGUGCCGGCUUCAAGAAGAAGAAGAAGGACGGCAAUGAAGACGGCGAAGGCGACGAAUACAUCUACAGCAUUGAGGAGAAGCUGUGGCUCGAGGCCCAUGAACAAGGUGUCCAGACGACCUACAAGCCGUCGCUGACGAAGGAGUCGCUCCUCGGAUACGGCCCGGCUGUGGUGAGCACAACGCCAGUGAGCAAGGUUGAGACAGCUCUGCGGAACAUGCGAAUCCUGUCUGGCGGUGCGCCAUUCAACGCCAGCGCUAACUAUACGCAUCCGGAAGACGUCAGUCAGCAGGUUCGACGAAACAAGCCGGUAUUCUUCUCGGAUGUCAAGGAGCGCGAGUGGCAGCUGCAGAGCAAUGACGGACCUGAGGAGUUCACGCCGGUACAUGACGAGACGAAGAAGGCCAUUAUACAGGCGGCUAUUCAAGGGAAGCAUGUGGCGCCCACCUUCGCUACAGCCAAGGAUAUCUACGGCACAUUGGCGAUGUACCACAAUCGCGAUUCGACAUACCAGGCUGAAGAUGGGAAGAAGCUCGAUGCAAAGGUUCGGUCACUGCUGCCGCUGGCCAAGGAUGCAAAGGCUCCUCAGAAAGCCGCAAAGGCAAAGGCAUAG